AUGGCGACCUCACGCUUCUGCCCCGCCUGUCUCUCCAGCCUGUCCACCUCUUCUACCCUCCUCCGCUUAAGCCGCACCACCACCACCACCACCUCCAUACCCUCCGCCAUCCAACACCAAAUCCGCGGCGCAGCCUCCUCCCAAAACGCCCUCAAGUACCGACGCAAAGACACCCCCGCCUCGCAAAAACGCAAGAAAGCCCGCUCAACCUUUCUCCAACCCAACCUGAAAAAUGCAAUACAAUUCAGUCUUGUAGACGCGAUGAGAUAUCUCCGUGCCAGCGAAGUAGCUCACCCACCCCAACAAUCCAAAUACGAACUUCACAUCCGGCUCCGCACCCCCAAGAACGGCGCCGUGGUCCGCAAUCGGCUCCGACUCCCACAUCCCGUGAAAACCGACCUUCGGAUCUGCGUUAUCGCGCCUCCUGACAGCGCGGCGGGGAAAGCGGCCAAAGCAGCGGGAGCCGUGAUAGUAGGCGAAGAUACCGUUUUCGACGCGGUGAAGGAGGGGAGGGUGGAGUUUGACCGGUGUCUUUGUCAUACGGACUCCCUACCCGCACUGGCCAAGGCAAAUCUCGGUCGGAUUCUAGGGCCUAAGGGUCUCAUGCCCUCUGUCAAAACCGGGACAGUAGUUCGCGAUAUCGGAUCCUCUGUCCGGGAAAUGGCAGGUGCGUCAGAGUACAGGGAGCGUUUCGGGGUCGUGCGGAUGGCGAUAGGACAGCUAGGGUUUGGGCCAGAGGAACUGUCACGGAAUAUCUGGGCGUUCAUUGAGGCGGUGAAGAGGGACAUAAGUGGUAUUAGCGAUCAGACGGCGAAGGAUGUGCAUGAGGUUGUGCUGUCGAGCACGAAUGGGCCUGGGUUGAGCUUGGAUGGGACGUUCAGGUCAGAGGGGAGUCUUGAGGCGAAGGGGUUGGGUGUGGAUUGA